CUACAAGUAUAUGACAUCUACACCACGAGAAGGGUACUUUUGGCUGCCCACGCUCGGGACGUGAACAUCUUUAUCUGGACCUCGCGUAAGUCCGUCGAUCAUGGAACAAAUGAUCGCGUUAUAGUCCAUGGUGAUGGUACACGCGCUGAUGGUCGCAGGUCCGGGUUUAAAGCCCAUCUAAUCGAGAUCGUGGGGUCGCGAGACCGACGACCCGCACCGAGCAUCUUUGGGUCUUGGAGCAAUGUAGUACAGAACCAGGCCGAUUAUCUGGCCCGUCCCACUACUAAAGCGCCUGAAACG